UGGAUACUCUAUUAUACAUAUACAAUGUAUCAUAACUACUGUAGUCAAACAGAUGACAGACCUGAUUUUAUGCUGACUACAUGAUUUAGCAGGUGGUUGAGCAUGAAGACAAGUGUGUGUGUAGUGGGGGUGAAAGCAGAAAGAAGUGGACUCUUCAAAAACAAAAUUUUGUAAUGAGAAUUCUUAAAAUCUUAAAGUUGUGUUUAUGCUGUAAUCCUAACUUGUUUGUUUUUGUGUGGUGGCAGUACUUACAGCAGCAAGGUGUUCCGUGUGACCUUCAUGAUUUUGGCUGUCUCUCUAAUUAUUCCCUUGCUUGGAGCAAUAGUUUUCCUGGAAUGUCCAAUAGACCCUCAACCUCUGAGCUUCAAAGAACCUCCCCUCCUGACCGGUGUGUUAGAGCCAAAUAUUAAGUUGCGACAAGCAGAGAGGAUAUUUGAAAACCAACUUAUUGGACCUGAAUCCAUUGCCAAUAUUGGUGAUGUGCUGUUUACUGGUACAGCUGAUGGAAAGAUUCUAAAAAUUGAAGAUGGGGAAAUAAAAACGUUAGCCAUACUUGGCCAUGGUCCAUGCAGAACCAGGGAAGAUGAGCCCACCUGCGGGAGACCCCUUGGCAUCAGAGCUGGGCCAAAUAAUACCCUGUUUGUGGCAGAUGCAUAUUGCGGACUAUAUGAAAUUGAUCCUGUCACAGGUGACGUGAAAAUGCUAUUAUCAACUAGUGAACCAGUUGAGGGUCACAAAAUGUCCUUUUUGAAUGACCUCACAUUGACUCGGGAUGGGAGGAAAAUCUUCUUCACAGACUCCAGCAGUAAAUGGCAAAGAAGGGAUUAUUCAUUCUUGGUUAUGGAAGGCACAGAUGAUGGACGCCUGCUUGAAUAUGACACUGUGACAAAAGAAGUGAAAGUCUUAAUGGUAGGACUGAGGUUUCCCAAUGGAGUCCAGCUCUCUCCUGCUGAAGAUUUUGUGUUGGUAGCAGAAACAACCUUAGCUAGAAUAAGGAGAUACUAUGUCUCUGGAUUAAUGAAAGGUGGAGCAGAUAUGUUUGUAGAAAAUAUGCCCGGCUUUCCAGAUAAUAUCCGGUUAAGCAGCUCUGGGGGAUACUGGGUAGCCAUGUCAGCUGUUCGACCCAAUCCUGGAUUUUCUAUGGUGGAUUUUAUAUCUGAAAAACCAUGGAUUAAAAGAAUAAUAUUUAAGUUGCUAAGUCAAGAAACGGUGAUGAAGUUUGUACCCAAGUAUAGCCUUGUCGUAGAACUUAGCGAAACUGGAUCUUACAAAAGAAGCCUUCAUGAUCCCAAUGGAAUGGUGGUAACUUAUGUUAGCGAGGCACAUGAACACAAUGGAUAUCUUUACCUGGGCUCCUUCCGGUCUCCGUUUAUUUGCAGACUUAACCUUGAGCAUGUUUAACUGUCCAUACAGAAUGAAAUACCAUUGUUAUCCUGAAAGAUUCUAGAAUUGUAAAAAGGACACUUGCGGCAAUGUUUGACCAAGGAAGAGAGAUGGAAAUGCAUCCAUUAUGUGCAGCAGGGAAAUCCUAGGCUACUGUAUUGCUAUAGGAAAAUGUGUAUGGUUUGCUGUAUUUGUCCUCUUUCUUGGUUUAACUACUUCAUGUCUUUAAAAUGGCAUGCAUAAAAUUAAUGUCUGUAGGGAGUAAAGAGACAAGUAAAUACAACCAAACGCUUUUGUUAAACAAAACCUAUUGCACUCAUUACAAUCACAGAGCUGCUUCUCUUAAUUUUGAGCUGUCUUAAAGGCAUCUGUCAACUUUAAUAGGUGUUGAGUUCAAAAUAUUACACUGGAAAUAGGUAAAUGGUUUUAGUGAAAUAAUAACCAUAUUAAAGAGAGGAUGUCUUGCAUGUGUUUACGUCCAAUUUAGAUCCUACUCUGUAGGCAUGGUUUAAAAAAAAUUAUGCACGUUCACAUGUCAUACCAUACUUCAGUGGUAGAUGCAGUAGCCACCAGAACAUGCCUAGAAAUCUAGUCACAUCAGUUAGAUUUCUUCAAUUCAAUCUAUAUAAUGAGAAUAUGAAACUAUACUUGACUGUUAAGUGACAUAAAAUAUUUUACCUGUGAUAUUUUGUCCAUGAAUGCUCUUUCUUAUAGUAUUGUAGUUACUUGACAAUGACUGGUAGUUACAUUUUAUACACUAUUAAACAGAAGAUUGGUUCAACUAGGUUUUAAA